CUCCUGCCUGCCUCUCCCCUGUCCGGAACUCAAUCUCUAUCUCAACAGCAAACGGAGCAGAGGACUUCAGCAGGGAUUCCGAGUGGACCAACACAGCUAAUCAGAGCUCAGGUGAACACGGGUUUGUCUAUGUCGCGUUUAGUUCCUCGAUUAUUGCUUGAUGCGAUUUCUGAGAUUUUGAUACCAAGUACAUAUUUUCGGAAUCCGUAUUUUCUGCUGAGAGUGGUUAUGCUGUGGUUUUCUCUUGGAACUCAAAGUUUUUAGCUUCUGUGUAUCAUUUGGGGGAUAUGCAGUUUCCAUGGACGUGUUCCAGUCAAAACCUCUGCACUCUCAGUCGCCCUUAUCUCCAUAACGGAAAGCUCUUCCUAAUCUCAUCGUUAAAUAAAAAACAAAUCCCAAUUUCCAGCCUCGGAAACUUAUUGCAGGCACGCAGGUUCAGCGUGCCAAAGAGCAAAUUUGGUGUUUCAGAGGCUGUUGGAAAGUGGGUUGGGACUUGCGGGUCAGCAUUUCCAGGGGGUAGUUGUAGCUGGUGGAGUUUAAGCGAGCAUGAGGAAGAGCGAAGCAGCACAGCAGCGGAGCCCGUUACGCUGCUGCACGCUCUUUGUCGAAUGUGGGAUUUGGUGGAGACUCGUAGCUCAAGAUGGGUUAUCUUCAUUGCGUUUAGCUCUUUGAUUAUCGCUGCACUUUCUGAAAUCUCAAUGCCAAGUAUAUUGACGGAAUCCAUAUUUGCUGCUCAGAGUGGUGAUGCUGUUGUUUUCUAUAGGAACUCAAAGCUUUUGGCUUUUUUGUGUAUCACUUCAGGGAUUUGCAGCGGCCUGCGAAGUGGUUGUUUUGGAAUUGCCAAUAUUAUUUUGGUGAAACGCCUCAGGGAAACUCUAUACUCGGUUCUUCUUUCCCAGGAUAUAUCCUUUUUCGACAGAGAAGCAGUUGGUGAUUUGACGAGCAGACUCGGGGCUGAUUGUCAACGAUUAUCGCUUGUUAUUGCGAAUGAUAUUCAUUUAAUAUUACGCAAUGUUCUUCAGGGGACAGGUGCAUUGAUCAAUUUGCUGAUAUUAUCGUGGCCUCUCGCAUUAUCGGCAUUAUUUAUAUGCUGUAUCUUAUCUCUGAUUUUUCUUCGUUAUGGCCUGUACCAAAAGAAAGCUGCAAAGUUAGUCCAAGACUUCACUGCUGGUGCCAAUGAGGCUGCGCAAGAAACACUCUCCCUAAUGAGAACCGUCCGAGUUUAUGGAACUGAAAGAAAAGAGUUUGGAAGGUUCGAGCAAUGGCUAGACAAGGUAGCGUUUAUAAACAUUCGAGAGAGCGUGGCUUAUGGACUCUGGAGUCUGAGUUUCAGUACUCUUUAUCGUGCGACGCAGGUUAUCGCAGUGGUGUUAGGAGGGAUUUCAAUCAUGAGUGGUCGUGUAUCAGCUGAGCAACUGACGAAGUACGUACUGUAUUGCGAGUGGUUAAUUUUCGCAACUUGGAGGGUCACGGAUAACGUAUCGUCGCUAAUGCAGUCAGUCGGAGCAAGUGAAAAGGUUCUUCAGUUAAUGGACUUGUUGCCCAGUGACCAAGUCCUAUCGAAAGGUAGUAGUAGCACUCCAUCUCAUGAAGGGGGAGGUGUGGAGUUGCAGAGGGUAAUGGGACAUAUUCAGUUCGUAAAUGUUUCUUUUCGCUAUCCUGCAAGAGCGAAAGUCCCCGUACUAGAGAACAUAAAUCUUUCCAUUCAAGCACAUGAAGUCGUCGCAAUUGUUGGUCCGAGUGGUAGCGGAAAGAGUACGUUGGUCAAUCUUUUGCUUCGUCUCUAUGAACCAAUUGCCGGUCAGAUUUACAUCGACGAUUUUCCGCUCAGAGAGUUGGAUAUCAGGUGGCUGAGAGGGAAGAUUGGAUUUGUUCCACAGGAACCUCAUCUUUUUCGUAUGAGCAUCAAGUCGAACAUAAUGUACGGAUGCUCUAGAGAAAUCGAAGACGAAGAUAUAGAACUGGCUGCAAAGCAGGCCUAUGCUCAUGAAUUCAUCUCCUCUCUCCCUGACGGCUACGAAACCAUCGUUGAUGAUGGUUUGCUCAGCGGGGGUCAAAAGCAGCGAAUUGCUAUCGCCCGAGCGAUUCUCAGAGACCCGGCCAUACUGAUCCUUGACGAAGCCACCAGCGCUCUAGAUUCUGAAACUGAACAUUAUGUCAAGGGGAUUCUUCAUGCAAUGAGGAAUGACAUUAAAGCAAAACGAACUGUCAUUGUCAUAGCACACAGGCUUUCGACCAUAGAAGCUGCUGACAGAAUCGUUGUGAUGGACGGCGGUCGAAUCACCGAGAUGGGAAAGCACACAGAGCUCCUCAAGAUGGAUGGAUUAUAUGCAAACUUGGUUAAAGCUCGAACAGACGCCUUGGCUUGACUCGUCAAUCCGAUAUUCUAAGCUACUGUAAUUACCUUAAUAUCGAACUCAAAGUAAAAGGCGGCACACUGUCCUCGCCAACUAACGCAUUGCCGCUGUCAAUUAUUUGCUAAAUUUCCCAGUUCAAAAAGUAAAAGAUAGAAGUAGUACA